AAGUGCCAAAGUGCAAGUAAUAGGCAAUAAAAUGAUUUCUCUUCACUAUUUUUUAAUAAUAAAUAAUUAUUAGAAGUUAUUAAUUGAUGAUUUUACAGUUGAUUGUACACUUUUGUUUCGCAUUUUUGGAUUGAAAUAUUGUUAAAUUAUAUUACCCAACAAUUUUCUUAAAAUGUUUUAUUACCUAACAUCAACAUAAUGUAUUUAAUUUGUUUCAUAUGUUUGGCUAGUUACCUGAAAGGUAUUUUACCAAUAGUAUUAUCCAGUCAUACAUUUACUCCAUACAGUUUAAUUCGUUUUGCUCGCAGUACACAGAUUCACAGUUUAAAAACUGUCCCUUCUAGUUUUGGACUUGUUAAUAAUGUACAAGUAAACAAUAAGUCACAAAUUAUUUUAUUAACAGAAAAUUCUACAGAACUCAAUGAUAAUUUUGCUUUAAAAGAACAAUAUGAACUUCAGAAUGAAACAGAUAUAAUUGAUAGAUCAAAUGACACAUACACAAAUAUUACAUCUUUACCGGAAAUUUCAAGUUAUAUGAAUUCUCAUUUUGUUUUGAUAUCGGGAGCUUCUCUUGCUGGCUGUGUGAUUCUUCUAUCAUUUGUUAUUUUAGGAUAUAUAAUGUACAAAAAGAGUAGAUGGAAUACUCCACAAGCACUUGAUCAUUGUAGCAAUGCAGACUCUAUUGGUUACUUAGAUGACAUGUUCAAAGAAAAUUCAGAUGAAAUGUAUAGUUUGGAUAACGAUUCAUUUCUAAAUAGUUUGGAAGCCAUGACAAUUCAAAACUAUUGGACCGAAAAUGUCAAACAUACUAAAUUAUAAAUUUAGUAGAAAACUAUUUUAUUAUAUAAUGAAUUCAUGUAGUCAUUAGUUUGCCACAUUAUCACACUUCAUAUACAUACCAUAAAAAAAAUUGGAUCCAAGUUAACAUUGUUAUGCCUAUGGUUUAUUCUUAAAUGUACAGAAAAUAUUUUUUAUAUUUAGUCUUUUUCUG